CAGCCAUGUUCACAUUGUGACCUGCACUGCUCUGCCAGCAGGAGGCGCAUUCCAUCAAGGAGCUGACACAGGAGCGUGGCUCAGCGGCUCUGAGCCGCCUCUGGGUGUGAACUGGUGCCAGCAGCCUCCUUUGCUGGAGAGCCAGUGCUGUCCACAGCUCCCACGUGGUGAGCUCAGAGCCUUUAUCUCAUUGGUGGUACCUGCCAAGGCAGGAAAGGAACGCCUGGCCAUUUGGAGAGUGCUGGAUGGUGAUACAAUGACCACUAUAAAUGUCAGCCGGGCUGGCUGAGGGUGGCCAGGAAAGGACAAAGGCGACUGCAGCAUAAGAGGGUCACCUUCUGAGAUGGAGAAGUUCAAGGCAGCAAUGCUGUUGGCGAGUGUUGGCGAUGCGCUCGGCUAUGGAAAUGUCUGCAGGGAGAACAGCGUCUUAGGCUCAAUCCAGGAGGAGCUGCAAAAAGCCGGGGGACUGGACAGCCUUGUGCUCUCGCCUGGAAAGUGGCCAGUGAGUGACAACACCAUCAUGCACAUGGCGACUGCCGAAGCCCUUACCACAGACUACUGGUGCCUGGAUGACCUGUACCGUGAGAUGGUAAAGCGCUAUGUGGAGACGGUGGAGAAGCUUUCAGAACACCGGCCAGACCCUGCCACUAUCGAGGGCUGUUCCCAGCUGAAGCCGGAUAACUACCUCCUCGCCUGGCAUACACCCUUCAGUGAAAAGGGUUCAGGAUUUGGAGCUGCCACUAAAGCGAUGUGCAUUGGAAUGAGGUACUGGAAGCCAGAACGGCUGGAGACCCUCAUUGAAGUCAGCAUUGAGUGUGGCAGAAUGACCCACAACCAUCCCACAGGUUUCCUUGGGUCUCUGUGCACUGCCUUGUUUGCCUCUUACGCAAUACAGGGAAAGCCACUGGUACAAUGGGGAAGAGAGAUGCUGAAGGCGCUUCCGCUGGCUGAGGAUUACUGCCGGAAGACCAUCAGGCACAUGGCAGAGUACCAGGAGCACUGGUUUUACUUCGAAGCAAAGUGGCAGUUUUAUUUGGAGGAAAGAAAAAUCAGUGAGGACAGAGAGGACAAAGCCACCUUCCCUGACAACUAUAACGCAGAGGAGAGAGACAAGACCUACAAGAAGUGGAGCUCAGAGGGCCGCGGGGGACGGCGUGGCCAUGAUGCCCCCAUGAUAGCCUAUGAUGCCCUCCUUGCUGCAGGGAGCAACUGGACUGAGCUGUGCCAGAGGGCCAUGUUUCAUGGAGGUGAGAGCGGAGCCACAGGGACAAUCGCCGGCUGCCUGUUCGGGUUGCUGCACGGCCUGGCCACUGUUCCACGGGGCUUGUACCAGGAACUGGAGCACAAAGACAGACUAGAGGACUUGGGCACAGCCCUGCACCGCCUGUCCACAGAAGAAAACUCCAAGAGCAGCAAGGUGUGCUGUGAGAAGAUGGCCGCCGAUGCACAGAUGCUGAAGAAGAAGAUCAGCAGGACCUGCGACGAGGCAGCCCGCACCCUUCUCAGCAGCCUCCUGCUUUAUGUCCUGGACCGUGCAGAUGGGCCCCAGAAGGCAGAAGACAGAUCACACAGGGCCAGCCGCCCGCCCCGACUCCAGGAGGUGGGCCGGUCACCCACACGGUUCCAGCUGUUACAGGCUAAGUUCAUGGGCACUGGCCGGGAGCCCCACCUCAAGAAGACCCGGGAGGUGGGGAGGCUGAUCUCCAAAGACAAGCAAGGACCUGGCCGGAGUUUCGUAAAUGCUGCUAUCAACAAGCUCCUGGAAAAGACCAAGGAAGGAGCUGGCAGUGGCGGCCAGAGGCCCCCAGCCAGCGAGAAGCCCCGGUGGAGCCCCGUGGGUGGGAAGAGCACUGUGAAAAACAUCCUGAAGAAGUUCUUGGCUGCAGAAGAGAAGGAAGCUAAGGAGAAAGAAACACGUGACAAACCCCCGUCCCAGAGGCCUGGAGCUACCAGGGGCCUCCUGCCGAGAAUUGUGGGCCGGAGCUCCAUCCUCUCCAAGCUGAGAGAAAGGUUUGAACAGAGCAGCUGCCUGCACUCAGAGGCUAGUCUGUUGCCCCUGCACAGGGAAGGGAGGAAGAGCAAAAGCCUGCAGAAGAAGAAAGUGCACAGGCCACAAGUUCGGGUGCUCCACAUGGCCACCAUGGCCACCAGCUGUACCAGAAUUCCCCCCGCCCAAUUUCUGGCCUGCACAGCUGAGCCCCUGCCAGCCCUCAGCAUCGCCACCAUUGUCUGCGGCCCCCAGAGCUGGUUGUCCCAUUGUGCCAAACUUAGUCACUCCGAGUCCCGACGUUGGCCCCUCGGUGAAACCACCAUGUCCUCCAACUCAGAAAACUUGGGAGCCGGAGGAAACAAAACACAAGCACCCAUGAAUGGGGAGCACAAGGAACAACUAAAGUCCUCAGCACCCCAGGAGGCGGCUCUGAACGCAGGUCUCUCUGGCAUGUCUUCCAAAGACCAAGCCCUGCCUGGCCAUGUCCCAGUGUUCUCCCCACUUGGACUGGACAGCCCAAGAGGUACUGGGUCAGUCAGAAAGGACAGAACAGCAAAGCCAAAUACACAAGAAGCGGCAGCCGACACCCAGGGGGUGAAGGAUAAUAUGAAAGGGCCGCCUGAAAUCAGCAUGACUGUGUGCAGCUCUGAGGAUGAAGCAGAAAGGACUCCCCCAGGCUCAGAAAGAGAGCCGUUCUUUGCCAUCCCGAGGCACCUGCCGGAACAGGAGACAGUGACACAGAUCCCCCUCCUGGCCCCUCUAGCAGUCCAGGCUAAGCGGCGAGCACAGCCUGCCAUCAAGCCUCCGCAAAUAACAGUGCAGCUUCCCAUAGUUCACGAAAUGCCAGCCUCUCCUGGUCCUCGGCAAUGGGCAGCGAGUCUUGAAGACAUGUGUUCUGAAGUCAUGAGAAGAGAGGAUGUGGCUGGCGAUAAACAAGCAGCAUGGUCCACUGUGAAUGAGGACAGGAAGGGUCCCCAAGCCCCAACAAUAGGGAGCACACCCAGUGGGAUGCCCAUGCGUCUCCAUCCUGCAUCGAAGUGUGGACUCCAGGAAGACCAAGGAGAUCGCACCAAUGUGGAUGCUGAUGCCUCACAGGGGUCCCCAAUACCAAGUCCUUCCAAGACCUUUCCUGGUGGAAUAGAGAAAGAGUACAGCCUCGAGGACUCAUGUGACCUCAGGAGCUGCUGUGGCGCUUCAGAACAGAGUAUCUCUGACCCCACUGGGGAAAGGCAUCUAUGUCCGGAGUCACGCCAAACACCCACACCUAGCCAUGGCACUGCUGGGAGAAGCUAUGCAGCAGUGGGCACCUGCUCUGCCACUGGCCUCCAGGAAGGGGUAUCCACCCCUGGGCUGGUGACGGCCCAGGGCUGCAUAAGGCCUGACAGCUCUAUAGCAUCAGGCAAGAACAAGAAGUUUGGACAGGAAGAAUGCCAAGGACUCCUGAGCAAGUCAGCUCCACCACCAAGCAUUGCUCAGGAAGACAUCAGCCACGAUUUGGUCAACAUCAGCCAGUUGGCAUUAGAUAAACAGCCCAUGACGGGUGUCAAAGCCUCUGGGGGGGUGACAGCCAUAGGUGUCACUGGUCACCCAGUACCACAGCCAUGUGGUACCUGGCACCCUGAUUACAAGAUAACAGCAUGGCCGGAUGGUGCUCAGGACACUGACCUCCAGAUAAUGCCACAUACAGGUGAUUCCAAGGAUGCUGAAUCCAGGAAAAUACCACAGCCAAGCGGUACCCAAGAUGUUAGACAGAAACAAAUGUCAUGGGCAAGUGCACACAAGAUGACACGGCAGCCACACGUUUUCCAGGAUGUUGAGCCCAUCGUAACAGCACAUCUAGGUGGUUCCCAGGAGCCUAAACAAAAGACACCACUGUGGCCGAGCAGUGCCCAGAAUGCUGACCACAGGACAACAUCACAGCAAGAUAGUACCCAGGACACUAAACAGAUGGCACUAUGGCCAGUUGGUGCCCAGGACCCUGAACCUGCAACAGUGUCACAAAUAGGUGAUACCCAAGGUGCUGGACACAAGACAACCACAUGGGCAGGUGGUGCCCAAACCCCUACACUAAAGGUGACAUCACAGCCAGGUGGUGCCCAGGACACUAAAUACAAGAUAACGCCCCAAGUGGGUAAUACCCAAGACACUGAGCACAAGAGGGCAGCACAGGCUGGUAAUGCCCAGGAUGGUGAGCCAAGGCCUGAAAACAGUACAACACCGUCAUCAGGCAGUGUCGGUGUCUAUAACGAAAAGGUAACACGAAAACCCAGCAGCCAUCCUUCUUUGGUAUCAAGCAGGUCCUCAAAGCAGGGGAGUGGAGCCACUGAAGGAAGAACCUCAGAAGACACAGUGCAGAGCCAUCCUCUAAUGCCGGCAGCCCCAGCUGCUCUGCCAGGGAGCACUGCGGAUACUUGCCUGGUGUCUAAGUUCGCACCACACGAUUCAAGUGAGCCAGCAGUGAGGAAAAGCAGCUCAGGUACAGGGAGUGGAAGCACAGCCAUGGAAAGAGACCCUCUACACAAGAGCAGAGCAUCCCCAGGGCCACAGAGGAAACCAGCCGAGCAUCUGGACCAGUCGCAGCUACCCUCUGUGGGUGCACAGGCACUCGAUGGAAAGCAUCCCGGGAGAGAACAACGCUUCUCAGGUGCAGCACACUCCCCUGCACAUCCUACAAGUCCAGCCGCAAAGAGAGAGACCAGGCAGGUGGAGCAAGCCCAUGGUCCAGAGCCUCCUGUCCCCACGCAGAAGGCAGGGCACAGGUCUGGCCCCCAGGCAGAAAGCUUGAGGGGUGAAGCCAAAGAGAGUCUACCAACAGAGGUGGACAUGGGCAGGCUACAGGGCCACGUUGGAUCAGAGGAAACUGGUACAGGGCAUGCCAGGUUACACCAGCCUGGGCAGUCAGGUACUGUACUGCGCAACGCAGAUCCUCAGGCUUCUCGGGACCUAGGAGUGAAAGAAAGGAUGCCAGUGGAGGAGAAUCCCUGCCAGCAUGGGGACAGGGGUCAGGAGCAUCUCCCAAGACCACUGGGGAGGCAGGAAAAGAGCCCAAGUCAAGGGGGCAGCUAUCAGGCCGAUGAGAACUUAGCCACCCCAGGGAUCCCUAGGAAGCCUUGUGGCCUGGCUAUGCAGAAACGGACCCAGAGUCAGGCACAGGCCAGCCCCUCAGCCCCUCAGGCCUGGGGACAACCUGACAGCACAGCUGAAGGGAGCCCCAUUUUAGGCAGUCAGCAAAGUCCAGAUGCCCAGCACCUGCUCCAAGAAAGCCAGGCCCUGGCUGGUAGCAGGACCACAGUCCACUCCCUGGAGACAGCAGACCGCUCUCCUUGGCUCACAUCUAAUGCCGGGGGCCGCUCACACUUCCAACCCCUUGCCCAGGAUGGACCUUCAAGUGCCCCUAGGGCAGAAAAGGACCUAUCAGACCACGGGCAUCGCAGGACGGUGCACUUUGCAAAGUAUUAUGCCCAAAGCUUCAGUGACCAGAAAGCCUUCGAUCUGUCCUUCAGGCCCACGGUCCUCAGGGCCAGUGAUACCUUUGAGCCCCCAAAGUGAGAGCUCAUGUUGAGCCAACACUCCUGUCUCCAAGUGAACAUGAAUUUGAGCAUCCUGUAUGGAGAAAAUGUAGACAUUAGUGUUUCUCAUCUCCCUCAUGUUACAUGAACUAAUCCUGGGGAUGCGUUCGGGUGGUGCUUAUGGACGUUCCAGUGAGGCCUCUUGAGAUGGGGGAAAUGUUAGCCAUCCCAGGCUAACCAGCAUUGUGACUUGGAGGAUACAGAGCACUCAGUCCUUUCUUGGCAGAGGAGAGAUGAAUGUCAUGACCCUUCUGUGUCCUCUGGCCUUCUGCUCCCCAGAGCUUCCCAACCAUGUCCCUGCCUACUACCCAAAGUUGGUGCCUGUGACCUGUGACCUGAACCUCACAUAUAUAGGAAGUGCGUUGCUUGCCUAAGCCAUGUAUCACUCCUAAGCUGGUAUUAGAGUCUUGCUGAUCACAGCAGGCAGAAGGUUGGGGUCACGGACUGGCUUGUCCCCACCGCAGACGUCAGGAAAGGGCCUCAGGAGGCUUUCCCGACACUGAUUUGAGGCACACAAUUCCAAGAGUGCCUGUAUUAGUUACUCUGACUGCCUACAUCCUACUCUGCAGUAUCCUCUGUAGGAUUCAUGAAGCAGCUCUGCCAUCCUGCUGCUGGCCAAACUGCACAGGAUUCAGUUGUUUCCAGCUGCAGACUGCAUCUCUGUCGGGAGCAUUUGCUGUCCUGAGGCAGAUGAGGAAGGUGACAGCCGUUGCCACACUGCUCAGGAUGGUUUCAUUAACAGCUUACAGUUUCCCGGUAGCCCCUUGGUGUGUCUGCUGUAACCUGGACACUUAGAGACUUGCUGUUUGGUUUUGUCACAACUGAGAAAGUCCCAGAAAUGCUCCCCUUGCUCUGGAGAUGGCUCUUUAUUCUCUGGGACUUCUUUUGUUUUCUAACUCAAAUAUCCAUAACAAAAAUGUCCUGUCCUAUCCCUGAUGAGGCUGACUAUGGAUGGUCCCACCCCAGCGCAGGGAUACCUGGGUGGAUAUAUGGACCGUUGCUCAGAAACAUGAGCCCCUGGUCAAGCAGGAAGCACAAGGUCCCUGUGUGUUGAGCUCAGCCGGAGUCAGCUCCACAGCUCCCUGCAGUCACCGUGCUCCCUUUGUAGGAGGCAGUGCUCCUCACCCCUUUCAAGAGCCUUUGCUGAAGUUACAGGGAGUAUGUGGAUUUCCUGAACCCAGGGCACUGCCGUCCUUUGUGCACCCUUGGGGCCAUCCCCCAUAUCCUGGGGUACUGAGGACACAGAUGCCUGGGUGUUUGUUUUUCAAGCCCAGCCAGUAUUGGGGGUACAUGGAGCUAAGCUGCAGAGUGCAGUGAUUCUCCAUCCUACCCAGAGUCUCUAUGAGGCCAGCCCCUAGGGACUAUGAGACAGGGUGGUAGGUGUGGUCCCAGGAAAGGCCGCAGGCCUCCUAUUGGCCUUUUCAAAGUUAUUACCAUCUGCUCACAUCAGGGGUGUCCAUGGAGCUGCAGUGGCUCCUUGAGAUGCCCAGGUGUGACUAUCUGCCACCAGACAGGUGCAAAACCAUUUCACUUGUUUUCUUUCUUUAUAUACCUUCUCCCACAAAGGACGUGAGAUGAUGUUUGACAAAAAGCAUGAUAACAGACAGGAGAUAAUAGAAACUGCAUGCUCAUUGGGCUUCCUUUUAAGAAGCAUUGGUAAUAGGGCCUUGCUGAAGGGUUUUAUUUUAUUUUUUAAGACGAAGUACUUUUACAAAAAAGAACAAGCACCAGGCGUGGUGGUGUACACCUGUAAUCCCAACAUUCAGGGAGGCAGAGGCAAGUGGAUCACUGCGAGUUCGAGGCCAGCCUGGUCUACAAAGUGAGUCCAGAAUAGUCAAGGUUAUACAGAAAGAAAAAAAAAACAAAACAAAAACAAAAACAAAACAGACAGUUCCCUUCCUGCUAUUUUAAACAGGCCUGAAAGUUGUGACGGCUGAGCAAGUAAGGUCAUUAAAGGCAUAUGCCACCACUGCAUGGCCUCACUUACUCUUUUAAUCAAAGAUGUCACUGCCGUCUGAGUCAUAUACCAACCCAUGGCUACCUUCUGAGUUUUAUUUCUAUCCUUCUUUAUAUAUUAAAAACUAUAAAAUAAAUUAGUCAGAGAAAAUAUUUUGUUACAUUAUUUCCUUUGAAUCUGUAUUAACUUUGGAUAGCUGGAAUUUUGUAAAAGGAAAUAAAUGAUAUUUCUUAUCAUAAACCUCUUAUGUAGUCUGUGGGAAACAAGAUCUUCACUCUGUAACAAAUCUGAGACUAGAGAAAGUGAAAGUUUCAAACUCUGUAGAAAGAGAAGCGAGCAUACAGAAAAUGCAAAAAAAAAAAAAAAAAAAAAAAAAAAAAGACAAGCAGGCACCAGCCAGGUUUCCUGCUUAUCCAUGAUGCUUUGGUGAACUCUGCACACACCAUAUACUGAAAAUGGACCAUAGCAAUUUAUGUCUUGCUUAUCUUUGGACGUGCUGUGUAGAUGAAGUAGGCAUCACAUAGGAAGUACCGUGAAGGGAGAAGAAAGCUCGGUGGGGCAGAGCCUGGUCUACGCAUGACAUAAAGAACUGCAUGGCACAUCAGCCCUGGGCCAGCAGGGACGGAGGCUCCAUCCGGAGGUGUCAUGUGUGGGAAGAGAAACCGUCAGCCUGUCUAGGAAGAAUACAGCAGCACCGUCCCAGGAUCUUCCCUGGGUCUGUUUAAAGAACCCAGGUGCCUGCUCUGGGGACAGGACUGACUCUAUGCAUCUGACAAGGAGGCUCUUUUGCUCUACCUGCAGGGAAUUGUGGGCAGACAAGAAACUCAGCACUUGAGAGCAGCGGACAGGCGGCACCCUCUAGUGUCACAGCUCUUGUGUGGGUGCCCGGGGUCCCUUGUCCCUAGAGUGCAAGAGGUUAGCAGCUCUUGUGCAGUCCUGCGGUAUGAGAAUCCUUAGCUAUACAAGUGUCUUGUAUAGCCCUAACAAGUGAUCCCUCAGCCCUUAGCAGUGACUAACAUCAAAGCUUCCAGCCCUCUGUAUCAGGAUCCGGGUGUUGCUGCUGCUGUUGCUGCUGCUGUUAUUGAUGUCAUAGCUCCUAUUCCUUCUGUAGUUUUCCAAGCAAAUGUCAUUGUUCUGGGCCUGGUCACCAUUCAUUUUGCUGUUGCCUCUUCUGUUGCUUCUUCCUGCUAUUAGCUCAGUCACCUCUACUUAAAAGCAAUC